GUUAAUAUUUGUCGGCGCAGGUCUCUGAUAGGAAUACACAAUUUAUUUGUAAAUUUCAAAAUUCUUUUGAAGAAAUAUUUUUCGUACUUAUUAUUUAAUUGUAUAUAAGUGCUUACAGACAUACAUACAUAUCUGUUGAAAAAUGAAUUCAGAGGAAACUCGUUUGCGAAGUUUUAGUGUAUGGCCCAUUAAUGCUCCUGUAUGUUCUCGAAUUCUGGCAGCCAAUGGUUUUUUUGCAACUGGAAAUUUGUUGGAGGUAGCAUGUAAUUGGUGCCAUUGCCAUAUAAGUGAUUGGGAUUUUAAUGAUAAUGUGGAAGAACGCCACGCUCGUUUAAGUCCACAAUGUGAAUUCAUUUUAAAUAGGCACCAUUGUGGUAACAUAUCAUUUUCAAUGACCGAAAAUGAUUUAUUAAGGGUGGAUCAAGAGCGCAACACAGUUGUUAACGAAAGUCCGUCUUCAACGGCAAAGGAGCAUCGUGAACUGGAUUUGCUAAUUGAAAAGGAUCGUUUAGCGACAUUUGUUAAUUGGCCGAAUCCACAUAUUACACCACAAUCAUUAGCAAAAGCUGGAUUUUUUUAUCGUAAUCGAUCUGAUGAGGUUGAAUGUGCUUGGUGUAAGGGUGUAAUUGCUCAGUGGGAAAAACAGGAUAAUGCAUUCGAAGAACAUCGUCGAUUUUUUCCAGAAUGCCCACGUGUACUGCUAGGACCUUUAAUUGAAAUAGCCAAUGAUGGUAUUCGGGACUUGGGUAUUCAACAAAUAUCACCUCCUAAGAAUCCAAAAUAUACAUCAUUGCACUCUAGACUUCGAACUUAUUCAAAUUGGCCAAUACCUGAUAUACAAAAGCCGGAAGACCUUGCACAAGCAGGCCUUUAUUACCAAAAGAUUGAUGACCAAGUUCGAUGCUUUCAUUGUAACAUGGGAUUAAGAUCAUGGGAAAAAGAAGAUGAUCCCUGGUUUGAGCAUGCUAAAUGGUAUCCAAUGUGCGAAUUUGUACGUCUGGUAAAAGGUGCAAAUUAUAUUGAAGAGGUUCAAGAAAAAACUAGAACUUUACAAUUAUCAGAUAAUCCAAUAGUUCCUAUGACCAUAGAGGAAGCUAUGGUAACGGAGCCUGUAAAAUUAGCACUUGAGAUGGGUAUCGAUGGUGAUGAUUUACGAAACAAAACUCAGCAAAAAAUAUUAGACUCAGGACGCCCAUUUGAAACAAUUGAAGAUUUAUUAAAAGCAAUAUUUGAUGAACAACAGCAUAUUGAUUCUAAUUCUGAAAACUCUUUUCCAACGUGUAGUAGUAAUAACUGCCGAAGCCCAAAUCGGAUUAGUCAAAAUAGAUCAUUAAAUACAUGUUCCGCAAUAAAUAAUCAAAUUAACACAGGUGACAUACCCAACAAUGACAUGUACUUGGAAAAUGUUAGCGAUUUAACAAGCACUCGAACAGAGACAUCGUCAAGUAUUCAAAUAAACAGCGAUGAAAUAUCCACAGAAAAUCAUAAUACAAGUGAAAAAAUAAAAACGGUUCAAAUAGAUAAUGACUCACAACUUCCGAAAACAUUCACUGGCGAAAACUUGACUCCAGAUCGUAAGUUGCUUGAAGAAGAAAAUAGAAAAUUAAAGGAUGCACGACUAUGUAAGGUGUGCUUAGAUGAAGAAGUUGGAGUUGUAUAUUUACCAUGCGGUCAUUUAGUAACAUGUGUACAAUGUGCUCCAGGUGUUAACCAGUGUCCUAUGUGCCGAACAACAAUAAAAGGAUUUGUAAGAACAUAUUUAUCAUAAAUCCCUCUUUGUUAAAAAAGCAAGAUGCUGAAAAAAUUCACUAAAUUAUUAUAUAUAUAAGAAAGUCUAUUAAUGUUAAGUAAAGUGUUUUAUGCAAUUUGUAAUAAAAUUAGUAUGAAAGAUA